UGACAGAUCUCGGCACUGUCAAUAGAAGAUAAGGCCCCUACUUUUUCAUUUGUUUAACGCUUGGGAUUAAAGUUUUUUUUUAAUCUUUAGAUAAACAACUUUGUACAAGAAAAUGUUGUUAAAUAAUCUACGCAAAACUGGGAUGAUAACACGCAAUUUAAUCGCCAAAAGUGGAAGUGUGUCAGUAACAAAUCAACCUACAAGGGCCAUGGCAGGGAUUUUGACUGAAAAGGUAGAUCGCCAUGCGGAGUAUAAAAAUUUAGCAAUUACAGUUCCAAAACCUUUCGUGGUUUGUGUUGAGCUAAAUAGGGCCAAACGUUACAAUGCAUUUAAUAAGGAGAUGUGGAUUGAAAUCAAACAUUGCUUUGAAAGCUUGCACACUAAUCCGGAUUGUAGAGUAAUUGUCAUAUCAGGCGCCGGCAAACAUUUCAGUGCGGGUAUUGAUUUGAAUGAUAUGAUAAAACUCGGUCAAGACUUGGCUGACAUAGAUGACGUUGCACGCAAAGGGCACUAUUUGGAGCCUUUAAUAAAGUUGUAUCAGGAUUCUAUUAGCUCUUUGGAGAACUGUUCAAAGCCAGUAAUUGCUGCCGUACAUUCUGCCUGCAUCGGAGCUGGUAUCGACCUAAUUACGGCUGCUGAUAUUCGCUAUUGCACAGAGGAUGCAUUUUUUUCUGUGAAAGAAGUUGACAUUGGUAUGGCUGCUGACGUGGGAACACUUCAGCGUCUGCCAAAGGCCAUCGGAAGUCAAUCGCUGGCAAGAGAGCUAUGUUACACAGGCAGACGUAUGGAGAGCUCCGAGGCUCUAAGUUGCGGUCUAGUCAAUCGAGUAUUUCCCGAAAAGGAAGCUCUCUUAAAGGCCGCCAUAGAAAUGGCCGAGCAUAUUGCUCAAAAAAGUCCAAUUGCUGUACAAACCACUAAGCAAAAUAUUGUAUACUCCCUCAGUCGGCCAAACCAGGAAGGACUUGAUCAAAUUCGUAUAAUGAACAAACUAUACCUACUAUCUGAAGAUUUGGCACAAGCUGCAGCGGCACAACUUACAAAGGAUGAUAAGCCCACAUUUUCCAAACUGUAAAUUUAUUUAAAUCUAUUUAUACAUAUAAUAAAUAUCUACAUCAGUGCAUCAUUUGGGUUAACCUCUCCAUGUUAACGGCAUACACAGAAUGAGAAGGUAUAAGAUUAUGAUCGAUGAACGCACGUUGGCAGUCUUUCAACGUGAUUUCUUUGGUCUUCUUAGCUUCUCUGCAAUAUGAAAUAAAUUUUUUAUACAAUAAAUCAA